CCGGAAACGCGCGGGUCCUGCCGGAAGUAGCGCUUACUCGGUGCGCGUGGGCCCCAGAAUGGCGGCUCACCGCUCGGGUCCGCUGAAGCACCAGAAUAAACCUCAUAAAGGCUGGCGGCACCACGGCGGUGCGUCUGCACAACGGGACAGUAAAGGCCGUGUAGGACCAAAAAUCUUGUCCAAGAAGCUGAAAAAGCAGCCCAGCCGAGUAGACCAGAGGCAUCGCGCCAGCCAACUCCGAAAGCAGAAAAGGGAGGCGGUUCUGGCAGAGAAGAGGCAGCUGGGCAGCAAGGAUGGACCUCCUCAUCAAGUGCUCGUGGUGCCUCUGCACAGCAGGAUUUCCCUUCCAGAGGCAUUUAGACUGCUUCAGAAUGAAGACUUGGGAACAGUGUACUUGAAUGAAUGGGGAAGCACCCAUAGCUUUAUGCUUCUAAGCCCUGUUUUGAAACAUCGGUGGUUUUUCACAUAUGCAAGGCCAGGGGAUCUGCAUACUGUAUUAGACAUGGCUAAAGUUGCUGAUACCAUCCUGUUCCUCCUGGAUCCACUAGAAGGCUGGGACAGCUCUGGGGAUUACUGUCUGUCUUGCCUCUUUGCUCAGGGCCUUCCCACCUAUACACUAGCUGUCCAGGGGCUUUCUGGCCUCCCACCAAAGAAACAAGUAGAUGCCAGAAAAAAGCUAAGUAGAACAGUGGAGAAACGCUUUCCUGAUGACAAGCUCCUGUUGCUGGACACCCAACAGGAGGCAGGACUACUGCUUAGACAGUUGGCUAACCAAAAGCAGCGGCAUCUUGCUUUUCGAGAUCGGCGAGCUUACUUGUUUGCCCAUGUUGCUGAUUUCGUGCCUAGUGAGGAGAGUAACUUAGUGGGCACCUUGAAAAUCUCAGGCUAUAUUCGUGGGAGGACUCUGAAUGUAAAUAGUUUGCUGCAUAUUGUUGGACAUGGUGAUUUCCAAAUGAAUCAAAUAGAUGGACCUGUGGACCCUUUUCCUUUAAAUCCUAGAGUGAUUAAAUCCCAGAAGAAACCAACUGUGGCAAUGGAGAUUUGUGCUACAGAUACUGCAGUUGACAUGGAAGAAGACCUUAAAGUUCUGAUGAAGGCAGAUCCUGAUAAACAGGAGACUUUACAGACAGAGGUUACUCCAGAUCCGAUGGAAGGGGAGCAAACCUGGCCCACAGAGGAGGAACUGGAGGAGGCAAACGACUUAUUGAAGCAACGUUCCCGGGUGGUAAAGAAGGUCCCCAGAGGAACAUCCAAUUACCAGGCUGAAUGGAUUUUGGAUGAAGGUGGUGAAAGUGGUGGGGAAAGUGAUGAAUAUGAUGAUGUACAACAUGAAGGUUUUAUGGAAGAGGAGUCUGAGGAUGAGUGUGGCGAGGAAGAAGAGGAAUGUGAAACCAUGACUCUAGGGGAGUCUGUACGUGAUGAUCUGUAUGACGAGAAAGUAGAUGAGGAGGCCGAGGAGAGAAUGUUGGAGAAAUAUAAACAAGAGAGAAUGGAAGAGAUGUUUCCGGAUGAAAUGGAUACUCCCCGUGAUGUGGCUGCUAGAAUUCGAUUUCAGAAAUAUAGAGGCCUCAAGAGUUUCAGGACAUCUCCUUGGGACCCUAAGGAAAACCUUCCUCAAGAUUAUGCUCGGAUUUUUCAGUUCCAGAAUUUUAUUAAUACUAGAAGAAGAAUCUUCAAAGAGAUUGAGGAAAAAGAUGUUGAAGGAGCUGAGGUCGGCUGGUAUGUCACAAUUCAUAUCUCUGAUGUCCCUGUCUCGGUGGUUGAGCAUUUCAGGCAAGGAGCACCCUUGAUUGCAUUUUCUUUACUACCUUAUGAACAGAAGAUGUCAGUAUUGAACAUGGUGGUGAGUCGGAAUCCUGGCAACACGGAACCUGUGAAGGCCAAAGAAGAACUGAUCUUCCAUUGUGGAUUCAGGCGCUUCCGAGCCUCGCCUUUAUUCUCUCAGCACACAGCAGCUGAUAAACAUAAAUUUCAGAGAUUCCUGACUGUAGAUGCGGCCUUGGUGGUGACAGUGUUUGCGCCAAUCACUUUUCCUCCUGCAUCUGUGCUACUUUUCAAGCAGAGAAGCAACGGAGUGCACAGCCUCAUUGCUACAGGCCACCUGUUGUCAGUGGAUCCAGACAGGAUGGUCAUCAAGAGAGUUGUUCUGAGUGGUCAUCCGUUCAAAAUUUGUACUAAGAUGGCAGUGGUGCGUUACAUGUUCUUCAACAGAGAGGAUGUGAUGUGGUUUAAGCCUGUGGAACUGAGAACCAAGUGGGGCCGCAGGGGACACAUCAAGGAGCCUCUAGGUACCCAUGGCCAUAUGAAGUGCAGUUUUGAUGGGAAGCUAAAAUCUCAGGAUACAGUAUUAAUGAAUCUCUAUAAGCGAGUUUUCCCCAAAUGGACUUAUGACCCAUAUGUACCAGAGCCAGUACCAUGGGUGAAAAGUGAGAUCUCCUCAGCAGCAUCUGAAGUGGACAUGGAAUAAUGGAUUCAGUGGAUUCUGUCUGCUGCAGACAGAAUUUAGUGUGGGUUGUGACAAGGCAGUCUGCUUUCUAUUUCAGCUGUUUACACUAUUACUUGGUCACCAAAUUAUAACUCUUACUAAAAUAUUCUUCUCCAUUAGGAUUUUGAAAACAAUUUUCAUCUAGAGACAAUUCAUGAAUUUAAACAGAAAUAGUCUGGUAAGGACUUUCAGCCUGCUUCACCCAGUUUAGGGAGGUUAGGUCUACAUUCCCACCACUGAGUACAAUACAGAUGUUCUUCACAUCAGGAGAGACUGUUUGGAAAUGCUGGGACAGCACUGCAGCCAAUCCAACACCAGCAGUAGGCUCAAUGAGCAGUUUCAUUCUCUCCCACACCAGUUGGGUUGCAUGCUGUUGGCACAGAAAGGAGUAAGGAUUAAUGAAACAAACAGUAUAGUAGGUUAAGUUCUGAACACCAAAUGAAGUAGAUGUUUGGGUUUGUUUCGAUGACUGUGCUUGCUAAUAAAGUGCAUAUACAACUCAGCCUAGCUCUGCUAACUGUCAGGUUUCCCAUGUGUUAAGUUAAUCCUCUGUUCAUAAAUUUCUUUUGCCUAGGAAGUUAGACUUGCUGUUUUUUCAUCACAGUCUUACCUUGAUUUCAUCCUCUGUGACAGUGAAGACAUCAUCCACAAGGUCCCUUAUAAUAGGCCAAGUAUUUAAGCCAAUGCUUGAUUUGACACCAUCUGCUAUGGUUUCUGGAGGGUGAAGAUUGGGAGUCAGUUCUCCUUUCAGUUUGGACUGGUAGCAGUCAUCUGCAUUCAAGGGUUCAGCAGCGUAGACCUUCACACCAGGUUUCAGGGCCUGGGCAGAGGAACAGAGACUGUACACUAGCAGGUUUGCCUGCAUACCUGAAGAAGGCAUACUAGAUGACACAUAUUUCAUGUUCCAGAAGGGUCUUUCUUUUGAUGCCAAAAUGGAAAUAUGACCUUGAAGCACUUUAAUAAAAGUUGUAUCUGAUAACUGA